AUGGCGACUCCAACCCCCAUACAAAAUAUGCCCAUCCCACCAGAAGAACGCCUAGCCCUCGAACAACAAGCCCGCUACCAGCGCAUAACACGCAACCUAGCCAUUGGCGGCCUUGUUCUAUGUCCAAUAAUAGCCGCCAUGCCGCCCCGAAAACUAGACCUCUACACAUUCUCCCUAGGAAUCGGUUUCUACCUCUCAGCCGACCACCUCAUAACCCUACGUACGGGUCGUGGCCUCGUACAAAACCUCAGUCCGAUGCGAACAAUGGAAUUACCGACCGAACGCGCCAAAGAGAUGCAGAAGAUAUUGCAGGAGGAGAGGGAGAAGAGUAGAAAGAGUCUGGAGCGGAAGGAGGGGCAAGAGAAGAGUAUACUGGGGAAGCUGUGGAUGGGUGAUGAGGAGGAAGGAUGGAAAGAGAGGAGACUCGAGGAAGAGAAGAAGGCAAUUGAGGAGGGGAAGAGUUAUGGUGAUAUGAUUUUUGAACAGAUCUGGGAGGUUUGGAAUUGGGAUAAGAAAGGAAAGGGCGCUGAUGGGAAGAAGGAGUGA